CUCUCUCCCAUUAGUCUAACAAUCCUCCGCCACCACCACUCCUGCCUAAUCUCGUAGAAACAAGAGUCUAGUAACUCUCUUCAUCUUCUGAUGAUGAUGAUCUGAGAGAGUCUUCACCAAAAACUGAAAUCCUAGUUUUUGCGAAAUUAGGGUUAGGGUUUGGAUCAUCGCCAUGGGCAAAGGCGGAGCUUUAAGCGAGGGCGUAGUGAAGAAGAUCCUCCUCUCCUACGCCUACGUAGGGAUAUGGAUCUUCCUGAGCUUCACCGUCAUCGUCUUCAACAAGUACAUCCUCGAUCGCAAGAUGUUCAAUUGGCCAUACCCGAUCUCCCUGACCAUGAUCCACAUGGCCUUCUGUUCUUCCCUGGCUUUCCUCCUCAUCCGCGUCUUCAAAGUCGUCGAACCAGUCUCCAUGUCUAGCGAUCUCUAUCUCCGCUCCGUCGUCCCCAUCGGUGCUCUCUAUUCCCUCUCUCUCUGGUUCUCCAACUCAGCCUACAUAUACCUCUCUGUUUCCUUCAUUCAGAUGCUCAAAGCCCUCAUGCCUGUCGCUGUCUAUUCCCUCGGUGUUCUCUUCAAGAAAGAUGCUUUCAAAUCUGAUACCAUGGCCAACAUGGUCUCCAUCUCGAUCGGUGUUGCCAUAGCGGCAUACGGGGAGGCCAGGUUCGACGCAUGGGGUGUCAUGUUGCAGCUCGGCGCUGUGGUUUUCGAGGCCACUCGAUUGGUAAUGAUUCAAAUCCUCUUGACUUCAAAGGGUAUUAGUUUGAAUCCUAUUACUUCGCUUUAUUAUGUUGCUCCUUGUUGCUUGGCUUUCUUGUCUGUCCCUUGGUUUAUUGUGGAGUUCCCUUUGUUGAGGGAGACUUCCAGCUUCCAUUUUGAUUUCUUGAUUUUUGGGACCAAUUCGCUCUGCGCUUUCGCCCUCAAUUUGGCGGUGUUUUUGCUUGUGGGGAAGACUUCGGCUUUGACUAUGAAUGUGGCUGGGGUUGUCAAGGAUUGGUUGUUGAUUGCAUUUUCGUGGUCUGUGAUUAAGGACACUGUUACGCCCAUUAAUUUGGCUGGAUAUGGGAUUGCAUUCUUGGGUGUUGGAUAUUACAACCAUUCCAAGUUGCAGGCGCUUAAGGCCAAGGAGGCUCAGAAGAAGGCGGCUCAGCUGGAUGAGGAGGCUGGGAGGUUGUUGGUGGAGAGAGAAGUGGAAGAUGCCGGGAGGAAGACUGAGUCGCAGACUUGAUUUGAUGGUUAAUUUAUUAUUAAUUUUUCUAAAAUUACUGGAUUGGAAAUUGGGAGGAAAUUGAAGAUUAGAUGAAGAAUUUCCAGAAAUAGGUGAUGAAAACCCGAUCCAUCAAUUUAAUCACUCAUACGUUCUGUUUUGGUUAUGUGGUCUUAGAAUUUUUAUUUACAUCCUUUUGUUCUUUACGCUUCAUUGUUCAUCUUAGUCAUUGUUACUUCAUGUUGUUGGGUGUUUGAGGUCAUGUUUGUGAUUUCCAGUGCCAAUUCAUGUUUGUGACAAGUGAAAGACUUGAGAACCCUUUGGUUUUUCUUUUGACAUAUUUAUGCAUGCUCCUAAACUCCAUGUUUUGGAGGAUGAAUACAGAUGGUUAUCUAUUUAUCAUUAACUUGAGUUGCUA